UAGAUAGAAACACUUUUGUACGGGGAUUUCAACUUCUGUGGCAUUUACCACCCAAAUCAUCGAUUUCUCCGAGACGGCUUGGACACAUCAAGGAUUCACCACUCAGAAACAAAUAUGAAUGUGGUAGAUCAUGUGCGGGACAUGGCGGCGGCUGGACUAUACUCAAAUGUCCGACUUAUGAGCAGUUUGUUGUUGACAAUGAGCACAAACAACCCAGAACUGUUCUCUCCGGCCCAGAAGUACCAGCUGCUUGUCUACCAGGCAGAUUCCAUCUUCCACGACAAAGAGUACAGAAACGCGGCAUCCAAAUACAACUCCGCCUUACAGCAGAAGAAGGUGCUCAGCAAGACCUCCAAAGUGCGACCCUCCACCGGUGGAACUACGUCAUCGGGCCAAGCUCAGAGCUUGCCGUCAGAAAUCGAGGUGAAGUAUAAAAUAGCCGAGUGCUAUGUCAACCUGAAGCUCGAUAAGGAUGCUAUCGCUGUCUUGGAUGGAAUCCCUUCCCGACAGAGAACUCCAAAAAUCAACAUGAUGCUGGCUAACCUGUACAAGAAGGCCGGCCAAGAACGCUCAGCAGUCACCAGCUACAAGGAGGUCCUACGACAGUGUCCCCUCGCUCUCGAUGCUAUCAUAGGUCUGCUGUCUCUGUCGGUGAAGGGUGCUGAGGUUGCGUCCAUGACGAUGGAUGUGAUGCAGAGCAUCCCUAACCUGGACUGGCUCUCCUCCUGGAUCAAGGCCUACGCCUUCAUACACGCAGGAGACAACCACCGCGCCAUCAGCACUAUAUGUUCCCUAGAGAAGAAGACCCUGUUGAGGGAUAACGUGGACCUCCUGGUGAGCCUGGCUGACGUCUACUUCCGGGCCGGGGACACCAAGAACGCCAUCCUCAAGUUCGAACAGGCCCAGAUGCUCGACCCCUACCUCAUCAAAGGUAUGGACGUGUACGGCUACCUGAUGGCUCGUGAGGGGCACCUUGAGGAUGUGGAAGUUCUCGGAGGCCGACUGUUCAACAUCACAGACCAGCAUGCAGAACCAUGGGUCAUAUCAGGGUGUCACAGCUUCUACAGUAAGCGCUAUUCGAGGGCGCUCUACCUCGGUGCCAAGGCUAUCCAGUUGAACAGCACGAGCGUUCAGGCCCUCCUCCUCAAGGGGGCAGCGUUGCGCAACAUGGGCCGCGUACAGGAAGCCAUCAUCCACUUCAGAGAAGCCAUGAGGCACGCACCCUGCAGAUUGGACUGCUACGAAGGUUUGAUUGACUGCUACCUGGCGUCCAAUGGGGUGCGAGAGGCGAUGGGCAUGGCCAAUAACAUCUACAAGACGCUGGGGGCCAACGCCCAGACCCUCACCAUCCUGGCCACCGUCUGCCUGGCCGACCCCCUCACCCAGGACAAGGCCAAGGGGCUACUGGACAAGGCCCUCGCACAGAGACCAGACUACAUCAAGGCAGUGGUCAAGAAAGCAGAACUACUCAGUCGGGAGCAGAAGUAUGACGAGGGCAUCACGUUGCUAAGGAACACGUUAGCCAAUCAGAGCGACUGUGUGCUGCACAGGAUGCUGGGAGAUUUCCUAUUCGCCGUGCAGGAGUACCAGGAGUCAAUCGACCAAUACAGCAUAGCACUCAGCCUGGACCCUAAUGACCAGAAGUCGUUGGAGGGGAUGCAGAAGAUGGAGAAGGAGGAGUCUCCGAUGGACGCCACGGUGGAGCUGGAUGGAGACGACAUGGAGGGCAGCGGAGAAGACGCAGAGCUGGAGGGCAGCGACAGCGAAGCAGCGCAGUGGGCAGACCAGGAGCAGUGGUUUGGAAUGCAGUGAUGAAGACACACACACACACACACACACACACACACACACACACACACACACACACACACACACACA